AUGUUCUGCCUUUCAAAAACUAUUCAAAACACCGAAGGCUCGAUUGCUGCUCUGGCCUUCUCAAAUGAUCAUCGGUACUUGGGCAGCGUUAGUGCAGAUGGAAGUAUCCGGAUAUACGAUGUGGACGUUCACUUUCAGACGAUUUGGUUCCAUCGACGAUCAUCUCAGUUCAAUAUCAUUAACUGGGACAAUGAUUGUUCCUUGAUCAUGGGCACUACUCAAGGAGAGGUGUUCAUAUUUAGCUUGAACAGUACCAAAAAGCUUGAAUUAGUCUAUGUCUCGGAGUCUUCAUUACCCAUCAACUCAAUUGAGUUCAACAAAGAUAGGGACAAAAUGCUGGUCACUUCUGGGGGUGAACUUGUCGUCAUGGGAAAGGAGAAUAAUCAUUGGACAUUCCAAAGGCAUAUUCAAUGUCCUAUACCGCGUGAAGCACAAGCCAUUUUGAGCCUCCAGUAUCUACCGGUCGUCGUUGGCAGUGCCCACUUUCUGGAAGAUCAGCAACAUUCUGUUGUCGUAUCUCGACAUCAUGGACUCUGGAAAUUGAAUCUUGAGUCGGGCCGGAACCCUUGGAAGAAAAUGAUUACCUCUGUUGAGCGUGAAGAGAUGUCUGCCUUCAGCCUAUCUUUACCCAUCAAAUUCAUCUAUCAGGGCCGCGCUAUAGUCAUGGGUACCGCCAAUGGUUAUGCUGAAAUUAUGAACAUAGAGCAUGGGGGAAGCAGUCAGAUCCUUCGUCAUUCCACCUCUAAUAUAUUAAUUAGUGGACUGGCCUACCACGAGGAUGCUCUCUUGAUAGCCACCGGAGACGAGAAUGGCAAAAUCUGUGUCUGGACAUCUGGCUGCUCACCAUUGGACUGUAGUAAGAUUAGAUUCCUGAAAGAGUUGCUCCUUUUGGUUGGAUCAAACACAAUCAUAGAACUUUUGCGUGUACUUCUGACCCUCAUUCUAUUGGUGACGAUGUUCAAGGUUCUUCCGUCAAAAUUUCAGCACACCAUCUUGCGAUUCGUCACCUCAUCCAUGCAAGCAAGGGUCGAAGAAUCAGACGAGGCUUCACCACUAUUUACUUCCUGCCUUCCCUGGUGGCAGUUAUCUCACUGGACACUAUUUGACAAUACGAGUUCUGGGUGA